AAAGAAAUAGACCAUCUCGACAAACAAAGUAUUUUAGAAAGCAAUUAAAGUUCACACCUUUUUUUAUUUGUGCUACUUUGCUUUGCUUUGUGCGAAAAUCGAUAGAGACUCAAAAACCUUUGUAAGACUUCAACCUUAUAGAAAAAAAAAUGCAAUGUUCGGAAGAAAUUAUUGCUAGGUUGUUCUACAAUGUUUCCAGCUCUUUUCAGAUUUUCUUACUCUUCACUUAUUUCACUUAUAUUUUACUUGCCAAAUUCUUCUACUUGGUUGGUGGAAAUCCAUUUUUCUGGAGGAAUCAAGAUGGAUAUGAAUUUUUUGAAUUUUCUGAUGAUGAAGAAAUGGAGGAUGAAAAUGAAUAUUAUGAUAAUAAUGUUGAGACAGUGGAAGAAAAUCAUUUCAUAGAUGAUCAAUUUCUUGGUUUUGAAAAAGAUGUAGAGGAAGAUUAUAGUACUGAUGAGGAAGAGUCUAUUUAUAGCUCAUUGGAUUCAGAAUCUAUUCUGAGUACUGAUGAUGAAGUGGAAGUUAAAGAGAAGAUUCUUAGAAGAGUUGAUGAUUCUGAUUCUUGUUGUUAUUCUGAAAUCAACAAAGUUGGGCCCACCUCAUCUCUUCCCAAGGACUUGAAGACAAAUGGAUUUAUGAACAUGAUCGAUAAGGACAUCAAUCAUGGAAACUGUUACAGGGAAAUCAUUAAAGACAAGCCAGUGACAGAGAUUAAUUUGUGUAGAGAGGAAACUAUCGUUGUUAAUGCACCAUCACCAAAGUUAGAGAACAAGAAAUUCCAAUUAGUGCAAGAAAAUGAAGAGCAUGAAAUAUUUGGGGAUUCUUGUACUAAUGGCUCUACUUCAAAGAGUUCCACUGAAUGGAGAAGCUCAAUUAAAGACUCAACAACUGACGAUCCAUUUUCUUCUUCAUCAAGAAGAAGUUGCCCCAAAUGGGAGUCUUACACAAUCUUCCAAAAAUAUGAUGAGGAAAUGCUGUUUUUUGAUAGAAUUAGUGUGCAAAAACUACAUGAAACAGAAUCAUUAAGAUCAAUUCAAGCAUGUCCACGAUCAAUAUCAGAUAGGAUUAUUCAUAAAUUGGCAACAAAGAACAAGAACUCAUCAUCUCACCAUAAUAACCCUUAUAAUGAACUGGAGGCUGCUUACGUGGCACAAGUAUGCUUAGCAUGGGAAGCUUUGAGUUGGAAUUACAAAUACUUUCAACGGCUAAGAUCUUCACGUAAUAAGGAAUCGGACGAUCCAGGUUGUCCUGCUUAUGUAGCACAACAUUUUCAACAGUUUCAAGUUCUUUUACAAAGAUAUGUUGAAAAUGAGCCUUAUGAAAAUGGAAGGAGACCUGAGGUUUAUGCUAGGAUGAGAAGUUUAGCUCCUAAGUUGCUUCAAGUCCCAGAAUAUCGAGAUUCGGAUGAAGAUAAAGGUCAGGAAGAUUAUUGCUCAAGAAUAUCUUCAGAAUCAUUUCUUCAGAUAAUGAAAGAAGCAAUCAGAACAUUUAUGAAUUUCCUAAAGGAAGACAAGGAGAAUCGUUGCCAAAUACUAAUGGCAGCUUUCUUUAGGAGAAACAGAAGAGGUUCAGCUGAUGCAACGCUCAUCUUACUAAAGAAAGUAAACAAAAAGAAAAAAUCAAAGGUGAAAGAUCUACGACGAUCAGGGAAGUGCCUGAGGAAUAAAAGAAGGUUAAGAGAAGAUGAAGAAAUGGAGAUAUUGAUGUCUUUAAUAGACCUGAAAUUAGUGUCAAGAGUAUUGAGAAUGAGCCAAGUGAAUGAUGAACAAUUGCAUUGGUGCGAAGACAAGAUGAGCAAAGUAAUGGUUGAUUCUGAUGGCAAAUUACAAAGAGAUUCUUCACCGCUUUUCUUUCCAGCACAUUGAGGACCCCACCUGGCACUAAGUAGUUCAUUUUACUUUGAUGACUAGAUGAUGAAUGUGUCAUGCAGAUGAAUAUCCUCAAUACUACAAGAACUACAACAAAAGGACAAGAAAAUAAAGGGGUUGCCCAGAAAUUAAAAGUUGUAAGUUGCAUAUGGGAGGAAAACAAUGAAAAGGAGUGUUAAAGGGAUUUGAUGAAAUAUUUUGACGGUACUGAAUAUGCAAAAGAGAAAAAGCAAAGGGAAAAAGGAACUAACGUGGAUGAGGAUAAGAGACAAGGGUAGCUUUACUUCUUUUUAGAGCUUUUAUAUUAGGUAGGGUUUAUCCAAAGUAAAAGGCAAAGCUGUGGACCUUGCAAUGGAAUUAAAAAAAGGGUUAGGAUCUUGAUUUGGUCCCACUCUUGUUUUAUAGACAAAAGACAAAUAAGCAAAUUAACAACAAUAGAUGUAUCCAGAGAGAGCAAAUAUGUCUUUUGAUUUUGUAUUACUAUCUGUAUUCUGUAGUUUAAACCAUGAGAUCUAGGAUAAAUGUAUACUUUCAUAUACUUAUAAUAUACAUAGCUGAUAUAUAUAUUGGAGUAAUUAGGAAACAAAUACGUGCUACUAUAUUGUUCUUUUUCA